AUGGCCACGGAAACGCUGAAGAUCAGCGAUGGCACCACCAUGGAGAUUUGCAGGCUGCCGGAUGUUGAUGAUGAGACUUGGGCGGAGGUCCGUGCCUACGUGGAGGGCAACCCAGCAACUCGGCGGGCCAUUGGAAUCGCGGAUUGGGCAAAUUUGUUAGCUUAUGCUUUGGUGCAGGCCAUUGCGGAGCACUGUACCGCGAAGUUGGCCCAUGGG